GGGGGAUAGCGCGGGGCAUUCAGUUGGAUAGAUUUUUUCGUACAAAGGGCCUAACAUCAUUUCAGAUAACCUCAAGCUUUCGUUGUGAUGGUGAAAUACACUGGUUUUGGUGGUAGUUUUCCUCAUUGACUUGAAUAUGUCGGAUUUCGAUGACGACUUUGAGACCCUCGAGGACAUAAAGCUCCUGGAGAAUGCAUUAGCCCAGGAUCCGCGUCCAGAGCCUCGCCUUAUCCGUCAGAGUUCACCAAUAGACUCAGGAUCUCGUCACACUAUCGCUGACACUCUGCCGACAUCAACUCCUCAGGAGUUGUUGAUAAAUCAGGCAUUCUAUCUGAAUGAGUCACUCAUUUGUAGUUACAAACGCUUGAAGGAGCAGAUUGUAAUUCGCCUUCAAGAGAUAGCACGCCAGAGAAAGGAGAUUACCUCGAAGCUUAACCUCUUCUCAAAGGGUACGAAACGUCCCCCCAGAUUGAAAUAUCGACAAGUGGGAUUUCCCUAUUUCAAGGACAGACAGGAGUUCCCAUCGCCAUUUAACGACGACGCCAUCACCAAGGCCACGAGAAGAGAGCUUAUGGUUGUUUACCAGAGGAUGCCCCGUAGAUGGACAAUGAAAGACAGGAACACUUUGUGGACAGCUGUUGGACGUCAAACGGCAAUUGCACACUUCGAAAAGGUGACAACUAGGCGGAGGCACUCUAGAAAGAACUCAAAACAACUCAUAAAGAGCUCCAAGAAUCAUUCCCAGGUGUUUGUCGACGUUGGGCAUUGUCACCUCCCAAAAAAUUACAAGGAGAUCAUCGGUCCCCGGGGUUCUAGAGAAUUCGAUUGGAUGAAAAUUGCUGCACAGUACUUCCAUGGGCGUCAUUCUGCAGAUGAGUGUCGAGUAAUGUGGAAUGUUUAUCUCCAUCCAGACGUGAAUCGUUAUAAAUUUCCGGGGGAGGAGAACCUAAGGCUGAUGAAGGCUGUAGAGGAAAGAGGGCAUCAGGACUGGGAUGGAGUUGCAGAGGAACUGGAGACCAGGAGGACUGGAUACCAGUGUUUUAUUCGGUACACGACAUUGAGGGGUCCUUUGAGAUUGAAAAAUAAAGACGUGUGGACAGCUAGGGAGGAUCAGGUGCUUGUUGAUGUUGUCCAGGCCCUGAAAAUAGGGAAUUACAUCCCUUGGAGUUGUGUGACCUUCUACAUCGAUAAUCGAAAUAAGAAUCAAGUUUACUCUCACUGGAAGUACUGCACCAAUCCUUGCUUGAGAAAGGGGAGAUUCACCGCUGAUGAGGAUGAAUUGAUCCUUGAAGGGGUAACAAAGUAUGGGAGGGACUUUUCAAGAAUCUCAACUGAACUCUUACCCCACAGAACUAGUGUACAGCUCAGUGGGAGGUUCACACUUUUGAUGCUGAAGACCGAUAAAUCGUACAACACUUGGACUGUUGGUGAGGACAUGCAACUACUGAAACUUUAUGACGAUUUGGGCCCCAGGUGGUGUAAAAUUGCUGGGACCAUGAAGAGGAAUAGAACGUACGUGAGACAUCGAUAUAUGACUAUCGUUAGGUACAUGACGAGGGGAAUAGAUCUGUCGAACGUCCCUAGAAAGCGACAUCCAGGUCAAGGGGGUGAAAAGCCUGUGGAGAACGAUUUGACUUUCUGCGAGAGAAUUCUCCUUGAGAAUAUGGAGGAGAAUAAUGUCGACGUUGACACCAGAUUGAGAAGAUAUUUCAAGAGCAAUCAGACAUGCAUUGCACCACCUGGAAGAGUUCCUAAAUACUCUGCGAUAGAGCUCGAGAGAUAUACCAAAGGGCUCAACGAUAUUUUUAAGAAGCUUGACGUUCACCUCAACGUCCCUGAGCACGUCGACACAGAGGGGCUAACCCUCAGGGACAAGCAGUUACUGGUGGCUUUUCAGGAGUACUCUAGGGGGACAAACAGGCGGAAGAAGGACCCAGAAGUCGUCAGGAGGGAGAUGUUUAGGAAUGAGGAGGUAGACAAAUUCUAUAUCCCACCGGCUCCUUUUGGUCUUAGUUUUAAAAUUCCAUCGAAGAAGAGAAAGGGGGAUCUUGGGAGGAUCACCGACAACUGUAAUAUCGUCUUGGAUUUUUAUAUGGAGACUCCAGAGAACAUCGAGAAGAUGCUGAAAGAGGAGGAGUUGAAGAGCUUUAAGAAGCUCGAGGCCCUCUUGUCUAGUCCCUGUCUCUCCACUUCUCACCGCCAUUUUGAAAAGAAAUUUCUAGCUGAGACAUCAGAGGAUAAUGAUAUCAUCGCCAGUACUGAAAUCACUGCAAUUUUUCAGGAGAGAAAAGUGGGUGAGAAGCUCAAUGCUGAGUGGAGAGAGAGGGAGAGUGUUCUUGAGCCUUGUUACUCCACUCUUUUGGGGUUGGAGAAACUUAGGGUCAUGAAGGAACAUAAUGGGAGUCUUCAGUGGCCCAGAGACGACAGGAUUAUCAGUAAAGAGCCAGUUUCAGCCUCUGGUAAAAGGGCUUUUCGUACUUUCAAGACAAGAUUCACGAGACUUUUCAAGUAUCCCAUUGGAAUGAUAAAGUAUUCUGAGACGAAGGCUUUCGAUACAAAUCUAGUGGUGAUUGAGAAGAAUCAUCAAGGCUAUAACAAUUAGGGGGAUUAUUAACCCCUUGAGAUGAAAUAUAAAUUAAGCUUUUCAGUUGGAAAUAUAGAAGAAUAAAGACUUUUCAGGCGUUAUGACAUAAAUUGCUAUUAUUGAAGUUGUUCAAAUUUUUUCAAAUCAUCAAUUCAGUAUUUAAUUUAAUAUUUUUACUUUGAUUAAUGUUACAAAAGUGCAAUAUUUUCAUUACAGAUUUUUACUAAUAAAUUGUUAUCGAAGUACAACCAUUAUUGUUUAUUUAUACAGAUAAUUUCACAUCAAUUACACACUCCAUUGAAUUUAGGCUAUAAACAUUUCAUACGGAUGUAACUGUACAUUAUCCCCAAAACGUGACUCAACUUAAUCGAUUAAUUAUUAUCAAAUGCUAUUAUGAAUUACUAUAGAAAGGGAAUUGGAAAAAUCUAGGGACAACUGCAGUAUAAACUCCUAGGGAAUCUUAUUAUUUGUAGGCCAUUGAGAAUUCUCUCCUACUUUUCUAACAUCCAUCAGUGAGUGAAAUCAAUAAUUGAUGGAUUAUUUGUUCGAGUACUAGGUAAUAGAGAGACUAAUUUUCUUCGUAUUUUUUGAAAAUCGAACAGAAAUGCAGUUAUAAUACACCUCAGUGAGAGAGAAAAAAUUAUUCAGGGAAUUAUCCACACCUCAAAUCAGAUCAGAGAUUCAAGAGAUAAUAAUUUUCUACAAAGAAAAAUCAAUAGUCUUAUUUAAUUAUUAUAAAAAAAUCAAAUAGAAAUGCAAUUAUAUCACACCUCAGUGAGACCAGAGGCCAUUUGAAUUAUCCAUUUUAUUAGAAAAUAUUGGAAAAAAAAAAAAAAAAAAAAAAAAA